GGAUGUAAAGUAAACGUCCAAAGGUUAGCAUAAAACCGGCCACCCGCCCGCUCCCACUCCAACCAUCUCCCCUCUCCUCUCCUCUCCCUUCCCCCCGAAGCUGCCUGCGGCCAGCGCCGCCAACCCCCUCCUCCCGCCGUCGCUCGCCAGCCGCCACUCCGCCCUACAAAUCCUCCGUCUCGCCGUAUCCCUCCUUAGAUCUCCACGCAAACCGCCGCCACCACUACUCGUCGUCCUCACACGCGCUUUGCUUAAUCACCUUCUUUUUACCACUUUCUUGCUUCCACCAAGAGACCGGGAGCCGAACAGUGCUAGUCAGCCAGCCAAGAGCCAAGAACCUGUCUGUCCGCGCCCAUGCCUGUGCGAGUGGCCUCGCCGGCGACGACGGCGGGGGAGAAGGCCAUGGCGACGACGGCGUGGCUGUACGUGGAGUACAUGGCGCAGUGGGAGCGGCAGGUGGAGCGGCGGCAGCUUUUCCUCCGGAGCUACCACUUCUCAAGGGACGCCGAGGUCUCGCCGCGCGCGCGCACGCGCCGCGUCGUCUGGGCCGGGGCGCGACGCCUGCGCCGCGCCGCCGCAAAGGGCCUCCGACGGCUCCGGGCGCGCAUCCGCCUCUGCUUUGGCUGGGCCGCGCCCGCGCUCCGCCGCCGCUCCUCCCCACGCCGUGGCACCGUCCACGGGUUCCGCUACGGCCGCAUCCCCCGCGGAAAGGCGCCGCCGGCUGCCAAUCCGGCGUCCGUCUGCUUCUGGUAGCCACCAGGUCGCGAGCGGCGGCGUGGAGCUGGAGCUAGAAUAGAAAGAAGGCCAAGGCGGCGGCGCACUUGCUGGGCUGCUGCUGUAUGUACGCCUGACUUUGGGACGCUGUGAACGGUACUGGUAGUCUAGCAUUUUCGUUCCUUGGGUACCGGAGCAGAGCUAGGAGUGAACUCUUGUAUUGGUCGAGUUUCAUCUGUGUAAUUAGGUGGCGGGUGUUUGCUCUAUGCCUCUAUUCUGUCAAGAUGAAUUUCUUGUCAUAAA